GAGAAGAAAAGAAACCUUUCCUCGCUCCUGCCCAGUCUCCCGCAGACCCGAUGGAAGCUCUUCCUCGCGUUUACUCUCCGAGCUGAACGUCCGUUAAAUCCAGCGAGGAGCGACGAGCGGCGCCGCGAUGUCUCUGGCGGAUCAGCUGUGUGGCCCCACGGGCGUCCAGGUGAGCGUGCAGCAAGCCAGGGGCCUCCGGAUAAAGGGCAAAGCCGGCACGAAUGACGCGUACGCGGUCAUGCAAGUGGGCAAGGAGAAGUUUCAGACCUCGGUGGCGGAGAAGAGCGUGGCCCCGGCGUGGGGGGAGGAGGCCGCCUUCGACCUGCCGCCCGGCGGCGGCGGAGGAGGGGGAGGAGGAGGCAAGGAGCGCUCCACGCUGCGCGUCCACGUCCUCCACCGGGCCCUGGUGGGUCCGGACAAGCUGCUGGGACAGGCGGUGGUCAACCUGCCGCAGCUCAGCGAGGACAAAACCCGCAGCAAAACCGAAUGGUUUAAGUUGCUGGACAAGAGUGGGAAGGCGGACAAGGACCGGGGAGAGGUGCUUUUGGACAUUCGUUUCAUGCGAAACAACAUGACUUCCAGCAUGUUCGACCUCUCUGCUGGCGGCAAAUCCAGAUCUCGCCUUGGCAAGUUCAAGGACAAAGUUCGUGGCAAGAAACGGGAUUCCGACCCCGUGUCCCACCUGCCGUCCUUCAAUCAAGUUCUGACCGAGAGCGACGAGGAGGGCGACUGUGAGGCGGCGGCGGGCAGCGGCGAAAAGAAGAAACCGCCGAAGACAAAGUCUCUGUUUUCCCACAAGUCUAACCUGCAGAGGAACAUGUCUCAGUCCAUGACUGUUCUGACUGCGAAGACCUUAACGCUGAGUGGCAGCCAAUCCUCUGUUCCAAAGGUGGAUUCCUCUGAAGGUAAAAAGAAGUUCAAGUUCCUGAUACACAAACGCUCAAACAGCUCCGACGGCAAAGACUCCCCCUCCGGUCACCAGAAACCGGGCGCUGCAGAACAGAGCAACGUGUGCAUCAACGGCAGCCACGUCUACCGAGACGAGCCGCCGGCCCGGGCCUCUCGCAGCGGAUCAAACUUCAGUCUCACCAGUUCUGGACACGGAUCCAUGGAAGACGUCCCGGAAAGCUUUCCUCAGUCUAUUGAUUCACUGAGAGCCACGAGGCAAUAUUCACCUUGGAUGGAGGAAGAGGAAGAGGAGGAGGAAGACACAAAAGAAAAUGUGGGCCAGCUAGGAAGUGAGGCAGAAGAGAAGGUUGGGAUGGAGGAGAUGGAGAGGGAAGAAGUGGAGAGAGUCAGGAGAACCGAGCUUGAGAGGUUGGCUGAUGAGAAGACGAGGCAAGAGGAAGAUGAAAGGAGGACUGCAGAAGAUAACAUUAACAGGGAGGAAGAGGAAAAGAUUAGGUGGGAGGAGGAAGAGCGGAUGCGACAAGAGGAAGGGGAGCGGCACAGUCGGGAACAAGAAGAAUGGGAAAGAUUGGAGGAGAAAAAGAGAUGUAUUGAAGAAGAGCGAGUUAGGAAGGAGGAACAGAGGGUUCUGGAAGAGAGGAUGAAGGAAGAGGAAAUGUUGAGAAGGCAAGAAGAAAGGAGGCUUUCAGAACAAGAAAGUAGGCAAAAGGCAGAUAAGGAAACAAUUAGGAUAGAGGAGGAAAGUGCUCACAAACAGAUGAGACUAGAAGAAAAGGAGACACUGAGGAGACAAGAAGAGAGACUGAGGAGACAAGAAGAAGAAGAGGAGGAGAGACUGCGCAGACAAGAAGAAGAGGAGGAGAGACUGCGCAGACAAGAAGAAGAGGAGGAGAGACUGCGCAGACAAGAAGAAGAGGAGGAACUAGAGAAGGAAGAAGAGAAAGUGAGGAGACAAGCAGAGGAAGAGCAGAGAGUUGGGAUACUUAAGGAUGAAGAGUGUAAAUUAACAGAGGAAAAGCGGAUGACUGAGGAAGAAGGAAGAAGGCUUGAACGAGAUGGAUUAAGUGAGGAGGAAGAGAGGAUCAGGAGGGUGGUGAAGAUUGCUGAGGAAGAGCGAAUCAGACGGGACAAAGCGAUUGAAGAAGAGACUCUAAAGGAAAAAAGGAAGCUUGAGGAGAAGGCUAAGAGGGAAAAGGAAGAACAUGGACGUUUGGUAGAGGAAAAGAGAAGACUAGAAGAGGAAGAAAGGAGAAGGCUUGAGGCAGAGGAGGUUAGACGUGAGGAAGAAGAAAGGAUGAGGGUGGAGGAGGAGAGGAGGAGGGAAAAGGAGCAGAAGUUGGCAGAGGAAAAGCGGCUACUAGAAGAACAAGAAAGGAGAAUUGAGAGAGCGCGAAAGCAAAGGGAGGAACAGGAAAUGAUUGCACAAGAGGAGAGCGCUAGGAAAGAAAAGGAAGAACAUGAGAGAAUGCUGGUGGAAAAAAUGAGACAACGGGAACAAGAGAGGAGACAAAUUGAAGAAGAGAAAAUUAAAAGGAAGGAGGAGGAGAGAAUUAGAAGGAAGACUCAAGAGAAAGAGGUGUUAGUAAAAGAAGCGCAGAUGAAGAACACCAAAACUAAACUUAAAGCUGCAGAGAAGAAACCUACAGUGGGUCAUGAAGUCUCGUCUAACAACCCAUUUGAUGAAAACUUCUCCAAUAAUCCCUUUGAGGAGCCUCCUGACUCUCAUGCUGGACCCGACGGCAGCACGGCCAUGGUGCCGACUGUCCAGCAAAGAGUUCAAUUUGCAGCAUCGUCGGUAGGAAGCCGGCCCGUUUCCUCUGACGAAAAGGACCCUAUUAACACUCAACGGGAGAGGCGACCGGCUCCUCAGCCGCCAGGAAGGAGUCACGCUGGGAGCCGGAGUCGGGGGGAGCAGGACGGAUCCGCUCACGUGGACAAAAAGGGCAAAGACGUAAGAACCGUCAGCGUCCUCCCACAGCGCUCGGUGCAAAUGAUCGCUCCUCUGAGCGAGUGUCACGCAGAGCACAAGAACACGGAGAACUCCACGCAGAGUCGUGCCGCCAAGGAAACGUCCGAGGUUGCGAAACACAAUAAACGCACUGCGCCGCCGAUACCUCGCCCUGCGUCAGAGGGGCCGCCGUCCGGACAAAAGACGCACGCCGCUGUUUCUAGUUUGAAUCCAUUCGAAGAAGAUGAGGAUGAAGCCGUAAGUGCGGCCCCACGUGAUCCAACCGCCUCUGCCGAUGCCGGUUCGGUUCAGCGGCCUCCGGCGGCUGACCACGAUGCCGCGCCCCAGACCAAAAUCAAAUCCUCAAAAGCCCGCGCUCCCCCACUCCCUGCGGCGACGGCCGACGCGUCGAGCGGCCCAGGUGCCGGCGGAGGCCGCGCCGCAGGUGGCACGGCCGUAACCGUCGAGCCUGCGCCCGAGGCCGGGAGUCGUGUGCCGCUGCAGGAGGACGCGGGCGGGAAGAAGGAGGCCGUGACGGCGCCGGUAGCUUCACGCAGGCUUCAACCAGUGAAACCCCUUAACCCUCUGGAACAGCAGCCUGCUUCAGUCGUUCAAGGGGUAAAGGACACUGGGCUGAAGGGGCCCUACUCACAGCUGACUCAGGCGGAACUCGUAUCUCUGGUGCUCAAACAAGAAAAGCAGCUGUCUGAGAGGGACAAAACGAUAUCGGAACUUGAGCAGUACAUCGACAACCUGCUUGUGCGCGUCAUAGAAGAAAAGCCAAGUAUUCUCUUGUCCCUGAACUCCCUAAAAAGAUCUACCUAGGUGGUUUCACAGCGGAUGUUUAACCUCUUCUGUUCCUAAUCGGUUCAGACCCAGUAACACCGGACACUACCAAAUCAAAGACAUAAGUGUUUGAGUUAUAUUGUGACCUAUUUUUGCAAGGUUUCUCUAUAUUGGCAAAUUAAUAAUGAUUAUGAUUUAAGAAUAUUUUCUAUAUCCUAUUUGACAGAAGCUGUUAGUUUCUACUUCAAUCUUUUCAAUUUAGGAAAUUCUGUCAACUCUCAAUCAAUGUGUUAAUAAUUACAAAGACUUUUUUAAUUUUCCUAAAUAUAUAGCAAUAUUUCUUGACCCUCUUUUGCAUUUGUGUGUGAUGUUGCAUCUUUUUCUAUUGGUCAGAGUGAAGACCAGCCUUUUACUGUCUAAACUAUGCACUGGUUACGUAGAUAACAUUUCCUGCUCUUGUACUGAUUGUCAAAGUUUACAUGCCUCAACUAACCCCCAAAAGGCACUUUAAUCUUCUUACACUGUUGAUGUGACGUCCACGGAAAUCUCACACUGUUGUUUUUAAAAUAUGCAAAAUUAAAUAAAGUUUUCUUCUGAUAAACCAGG